AGAACUAUAUAUCAUUAAGAACAGUAACAGAGAAUAAAUCAGAUUUAUUAAGAGAUAUUUUCAACUUAGAAAUUCCCUUUUUUUCCCCUAAAUAAAACCAAAAACCAAGCGAAGAAGACGGAGAAUUCAUUUGCUACAGCACCUCACAAAAAUUAUAUAUUUAUAUCCCGAUUUUUAUUAGUAAUAAAGAGAAAAAAGAUUUUUUUUGGUGGUGGGUUUUCUCUCUUCUUAUUGCUGGUUUUUUUUUUGAAUUUUUUUUUUGACAUCCUCCACAAGCUCUGCGACAGUCUGUAAAGGACCCUUUUCAUUUGAGGUUGAGGAAACUGCAGUGAGCACACACACUAUACUGCCGUGCGCAUUCAUGGAUGCGGAAACAGAUUUAUGCUUAUAAUAAUUCAAUAACAUGGAUCAAAAUUUACAAGUGGUAGGAACUCAAUCUCAACUUGAAAUGGGAACGGUAGCUCAAAAUGGGUCACCACAUGAGUUUGAGGAGCAGAGUCUUUUUAGCCUGGAAUUAGGCACUCAAAAGAUGCAACCUGGUCAUAUAUCUGAGUAUGGAUCAGCUCCUGGUGGUUUCCAACCUGGUGUUAGUAAGAUGUGGAGGAAUGUUGUGUAUAAGAGCAUAAAGACUGUGAUUUUUUCAAAUAAACUAAAUGUGCUCAUCCCUUUUGGGCCUCUUGCAAUCCUCGUCCACAUUUUGACUGGGCAUAAUGGUUUGGUCUUCCUUUUGAGUCUACUGGGUAUAAUACCUUUGGCUGAGCGUUUAGGUUAUGCUACAGAGCAGCUGGCUGUGUACACAGGACCUACAAUUGGGGGUCUUCUAAAUGCUACUUUCGGAAAUGCAACAGAACUCAUCAUAGCAAUAUAUGCACUGAGACAUGGAAUGAUACGUGUUGUUCAGCUGUCAUUAUUAGGCUCAAUUUUAUCAAACAUGUUGCUGGUGCUUGGAUGUGCAUUCUUCUGUGGUGGGCUUGUUUUUUACAGAAAGGAACAAGUUUUUAACAAGGCAACUGCUACUGUGAAUUCAGGAUUGCUGUUGAUGGCGGUCAUGGGGCUACUCUUUCCUGCUGUCCUGCACUACACACACACGGAGGUGCAUUACGGGAAGUCAGAGCUGGCUCUUUCAAGAUUCAGCAGUUGCAUUAUGCUUGGGGUUUAUGCUGCCUAUCUUUUUUUCCAAUUAAAGACCCAGAAAGAUCCAUACAUUCCUCUCUCUGAGGAAGGGAGUCAGAACGGGGAGAAUGACAAUGAUGACGACGAGACUCCGGAGAUUUCUAAAUGGGAAUCAGUUUUUUGGCUUUCAAUAAUGACAGCUUGGAUAUCUAUCCUAUCAGAAUAUUUAGUGGAUGCCAUAGAGGGAACAUCUCAUACCUGGAAUAUACCAAUUUCAUUUAUAGGGGUUAUCUUGCUCCCAAUUGUGGGGAAUGCUGCAGAGCAUGCUGGUGCUAUUAUGUUUGCUAUGAAAGACAAGCUUGAUAUAUCUUUGGGCGUUGCAAUAGGUUCAUCAACACAAAUAUCUAUGUUUGGAAUUCCCUUUUGUGUGGUCAUUGGGUGGAUAAUGGGGCAGCCCAUGGACUUAAACUUUAAACUUUUUGAGACUGCAACUCUUUUCAUUACUGUCAUCGUCGUGGCCUUCUUUCUGCAGGAAGGAUCUUCUAAUUAUUUUAAAGGAUUGAUGCUCAUCCUUUGCUAUGUAAUUGUUGCUGCAAGUUUCUUUGUUCAUGAAGAUCCUCCUCCUGAAGGCAAGCCAUAACACCACAAUCAUUGCCACAGCCAGGUUUAAGAGGGUUAUCAUCAAGAGCUGGUCUAUCAUAUUCUGGUGUAUAUAUGCACACAUUCCAAAACAAUAUAUUUUUCCUGCUAGCUGCUAGAGCUUGUUCAUUUAAUAGUAUGGAGCAGGUAUCUUACUGAUUUUUUGGUUCGUCCACCAGCAUAUGCUUUCAUCAUAUGUAGCCCCACUUAGAUGACAAGUCGAAUAAACAAUUGUUUAUAUUGUAGAAAGUUUAAAACCAAAAAACAUUUUUGUAAUGUAACUAUUGUUCUUCUGAAUAUCUUUCCAUCAUUGCUCA